UGUGGAUAACAGAAGCCAUGAAGUUUUUCUUUCCUUUCUCUUUCCUUACUGCCUCAUUUCUCCUUCUAAUUCUUGGAGUUUUUUCAGAGCCCCACGAGGGAAUCACAGGAGGAUAUGAAGUGGCACGGCAUUCAAGACCCUACCUGGCUCUACUCAAAGGGAGCAACAACUGUGCAGGGGCUCUGAUCAAAGAAAACUGGGUACUGACAGCGGCUCGCUGUCAGCUGGAGAAUAAAACUCAGAUUUUUCUUGGGGCCGGCUCUAUAUUCCAUAAAAAGAACCAUAAGCAAAUAUUUUCCAUUAAAAAGAAUAUUAUCUAUCCAUGCUAUGAUUCGCUCACAUCUGAAGGAGAUCUUCAACUGCUUCAGCUUGAUGGUAGGGCAACGAUUACCAAAGAUGUAGGAAUCCUUCAGCUACCCAAAACAGGAGAAGAUGUCAAACCCCACACCAAGUGUCAUGUGGCAGAAUGGAGAAGCACCAGAAAAAACCCAAAAGGAAUUUUGGAUACCUUGAGAGAAGUCAAUGUCACUGUGACAGACCAAAAAAUAUGCAAAGAUGAAAAGUAUUAUAAUUUCAAGUCAGUUAUUGACAAAACCAGGAUCUGUGCUAUUGGCAAAAAAGGUGAAAAUGAUGCAUGUCGAGUGAAUGCUGGAAGUCCUCUGAUAUGUGGUAACAUUUUCAGAGGUGUCACUUCCUUUGGGAAGUGUUGUAACCCCCAGAAACCUGGCGUUUAUACUGCCCUUACAACAAAUUAUCUCAACUGGAUAAGGAAAACCAUUGGAGGUGCCAUAUGACAUUCCUCCUUCCAAGUAGAGAGGUCAGGUAACCACCAGGAGAUGUCAAGUAAAGGAGAUUUUAACUUGGCCUAUCUCAGAAGGACCUCAUCAACCGUCUUAACUUGGUGAACAAAUUACAGCUUCCCUGGAACAAAACCAGCCAAUAAAAGAAAUUGCUUUCUGCUUUCACACCUACAUGAUCAGCUAAAACUGUAUCAUCACACUUAUUCUCUAUCCAUGGCAGGAUGCCUCUUGAGGAAAAUUUCCCAAUUUAGUGACUCUUUGCUUUAUUUAGAAUUUUAGGACCGCCACUUUUAUGUUUGUCCUCAAAAAAAAAAGUCAAUCCGGGGAAAAUUUAGAAUAUUCUUCAUUUAUCCAAAGGGUGCUUCAAAAUAUCUGUGGCUCCCUAAAUUACAGCCGGAUACUCUAUUCGAUGUCAAUUUAUACAUGCAAGCACUAGCUUAAAUCCAUGUUUUUCUCAAUAAAUUGGGUACAUAAUAAAGAAAAAUGGCUUAUUUUACCGUGUACUAUUUAUAUCUC